AUGGUCGGAAAGCGAGCCUUCAACCAUCCUAGAGGUCAUGGAGCCGAAGAUCCAGACAACCUGGACCUCGAGUCAGGCCACAAGCACAGACGUUUCAAUGGCUUCAGAGAUACGGUGGAAUACGCCAUGGAUCGCCGUAAGACGGCCAGUUUGAAGGAUGAGCUGCGGAACGGCGUCAAGCAGGGUGCUUUCGAGCAUGCCAGGAAGAGUGACGAGGAGUUAAAGGCUAUAAAGAACAAGAAAUUGCGCAAGUUUUACGAGAGUCAAAACGCGAUCCUCAACGACUGGGCCGAGGUCGAUACCAUAGUCCUUGCGGUGGCUGACGAAGUCAUGGACAGUAUGAAUACCGAUGCGGACCAUGAUGGAAUCAGAGAGCGGGAAGGCCAGCUGCAACAUGUCGAGGAACACGUGGAGGAGAUGCUACCAUAUGAAGUACAGCACCAGAGAAGGAAGGCAAAAAGAAAGGCCAGGUGGGCCAUCAACAUCAAUGUCAUUGCGAAUAUACUUCUUGUCGUGGCCAAAGGCGUAGCUGCUCUGAGGUCUUCUUCCUUGUCACUGGUCGCGUCCCUCCUGGACUCGGCACUCGACCUUCUGUGCACAGCCAUCGUCUGGACAACGAACCGAUUGGUCUCCUGGAGGCUUUCUGCUCUGUCGAGGAAGUUUCCUGUUGGCCGCCGCCGAUUUGAACCGAUCGGCAUACUUGUUUUUGCCAUCAUCAUGGUCAUCUCGUUUCUCCAGGUGUUGCAAGAAUCCGUCGGGAGACUCCUUCCCAGUGGGAACCAUGAGAUUGCCACUCUCCCUGCACUGGCUAUCGCGUCCAUGGCCGGCACAGUCGGUCUUAAGGGCCUCAUUGGGUUGGGAUGCAUUAAAAUUAAGACUACUCAGGUGCAAGCACUAGCACAGGACUGCAAGACGGACGUCUAUUUCAACACCCUCUCGCUGCUGUUCCCACUCAUUGGCAAACAGGCGGGCGUCUGGUGGUUGGAUCCCUUAGGUGCAGCGUUGCUUUCUCUCUACAUCAUCUACGACUGGGCCGACACAUGCUUCGAGAACGUGACACGUCUCUGUGGACUGGCCGUGGACGACACCUUCCAAAGGAAGCUUAUAUACCUCGCCUUCCGGUUUAGGAACGUGGUGUCGGGUUUCAAGUCGGUCACCGCGUAUCAUGCCGGCGAUGGCGUAUGGGCAGAAUACGACAUCUUGUUGGAUGAAUCAACGCCUUUGCGGCGUACCCACGAUAUCGCAGAGACAUUGCAAUACUGUGCAGAAGCUUUAAACGAGGUUGACCGCGCGUUCGUAACGACAGAUUACUCCGUACAAAACCCUGGCGGCCACACGAGGGACGUCAGAUAG